UUAGUGCUGGAGAAAUGGAUCGUGUUUGUGCCGUGAUUUAGGAAUUAUAUUAGAUUAGGCCUGCAAUGUGAUGCGAAAAAAUAUGGGCCAUACUUCUAACUUCAUGUCAUUUCAUGUCAUGAAUUGGGGAAAAAAAUAAACAGGGGAUAAUGUAGAUCUCAGGUUUCCUUCUUGCUGAAAAAUAACAGUGAUGAAAUAAUCACUCUGCAUCUCUGAGCCAGCUCAUGGUCCGAGCUAAGGCUCUGGCUAAGCUCUUCCCUGUUUGGAUUGUUAACAAGGAUCAGGAAUUUGUAUUAAAAAGGAGCUGAUGAGCGAUGGAAAGUGGAGAUGCCAACAACUCAGUCUUUAAAAGUCCUAACUGUAACCACUCAGAGGAAUACAAAUUCACCACCUAUACUGUGGUCUUCAGCCUGGUCUUUAUUUUUGGUCUCUUGGGGAACGUCGGCGCUCUGUACGUCUUCUGCAAACUCUCGGUGAAGAAUCGUCUCUCGACCAUCUUUCUCAUCCACCUUGCUGUAUCAGACCUCAUCUUCAUCCUGACAUUGCCAUUACGGAUCGCCUAUUACUUCAGCAGCUUGAUCAGUUUGAAGGAAUUGUCACCCAAGUCCACGACUUCACAUUUGAACCUUGCUUGUCGUUUCUCCACCUUCUUGUUCUACAUCAGCAUGUAUUGCAGUAUCUUCUUUCUGACAGCUCUUAGCUUGUGCCGCUACCUGGUGCUGGCGGGUCGAGUCCGACUCCAGAACAGUGAGGCUUGCAGAUGGGCUCGUUUGAUGUGCUGGGGAAUCUGGGUCUUUGUGGUAGGUGGGAACAUUUUAUACAUCUGGAUUACAUCUGGGUUCAGCAUGCGGGCUGAGGGAUGCCUGGAACCAGCAGGAAAAGAGUCCUGGGCUUUGCUGUAUCAUUUCAACUUGGUGGUGCUGGUGACCUGCUUUUUGCUUCCCCUAACAGUGGUAUUGAUUUGCUACUCCCUCAUGAUCAGACACAUCUUGAAGAUCCAGGCUGGCCAAAGACAGCGUGAUGUGGCUCUGAUCUGCCUGGUGCUUAUGAUCUUUUGUUUUUGUUUCCUCCCUUACCACAUCCAGCGCACGCUGCACCUCCACUACAUGAUGUACCCAGGGACAUGCCAGUUGCUGACCAACUUGCAGAAAUCGGUGGUUGUGACACUGUGCUUUGCUGUAGUCAAUAGUUGCCUGGAUCCAAUUCUCUUCCUGUUUGUGGGCCAUGGCUUCAAAGCAGUGAUGAAUAAGUAUAUUGCUCGUGUGUACCUUACUUGUGCAGUCGAGAAUACCAAUUUAAGUGCCAUGUCUCCAGCUGUUGUGCAGCUACCAUUAGUGACGGAACCAAAGACCACAGAUACAGAUCAAGGUUCCCCUUUGGAGUUGUCACUUUCCCAGAAUAGUGAUAUUACAGUUUGAUAGCUCCACCCACCAUUCUGUUACAGUUCAUUGUUUAUGAUAUUUAAAUCAGAGGCAUCAAAAAAACGCUGUUAGACUUUCUGGGGUUAUUUUUCUUCCUUGAAUGGUCUCGUUUUCAGUGUUCUUACAGAAACUACUAAGAGAAGAGUCAAACAAGUGAUUCGUUGUACCGUAUGUUCCACCACAGCUGAAAAUAAUUACAGAAAUAAGCAAGCAAAUUAACUAAAUGUAUAUUUAAUGAACUACUGUGUAUAUAUUCACAUCUGCAAUAUAUCAGCCUCAUAAUCUGUCUUCUUAGAUCCACACUAAUUAAAACAUUUUUCCAAGCAGGUUUUCUUUUUAAUUUAAUUUACAUUUAUGGCAUUUGGCAGAUGCCUUUACAUUCUUCAAGUCACUCUAGAUUAUUUUUUUCUCAUUUUGUACAACUGAGCAACUAAGGGUUAAGGGCCUUUCUCAGGGGCCCAGCAGUGGCAACUCACAACCACUAAGCUAACACGUCCCCAUUUUCAUGAAUCGUUGUCUAUGAUAGUUAUGGAACCUCAGUAGAGUGAUAAUUGCAUUGCAUUGUUUUUUUUCUUUGUAGGCAUAUUUUAGACUGCUUUGAACCUAUGUAUAUAUUCAAUACAAACGCAAUAGCUGAAUGAAACUUGACCGAUGCACGACCAUGACUGCAUGGUGCCUUGUGAUAGAUCGUCAUCCCAUCCAGCGUUGGUUCACAGGAUAAGCUUCGUAUCCUCCAUGACAGUAGCUGAAAUAAAGCACUUGAAUGAAUCUAA